GUGUUAGAAAUACAUAUGCGAGGCAGAUGAAUGAAUAAAUUUCCAGAGCUUUCUGGGAUAAAGGUUACGGAAGAAAAUUCUAAAUAUGUUUUCCCGCGGGAAUGGCAAAGUCUUUGUUAGUAGUUUGCUGUUGACCAUUCUGAUUUUCUUCCUUGAUGUCAAAUUGGCGGCGGCUGCUUUCGGCGGAAGUGCCUGCGACAUCCCAGGUACUCAACCUGGCGCCUCCACAAAGUGCACAGCCACUAGCAACGGGUUCUGUCUGAUGGACACGAUUGACAUCGCUAACAAAGCCACGACAGGAGUCUGUGUAUGUUACUCAGGUUACACUGGAGACAAAUGUCAAACUGCCUCACCCACAACAUCUACCGCAACUUCGUCUAAUAACAGUGUUUUUGGAGUUUUAGCACUUGGUGGAUUGGCGGCUUAUUUCCUGUCGCAGCUGUCAUCUGGUUACGGUUCCUCUGCCAUCACACCACAGGAGGCGCUCUAUGUCAGACAAGCAACAUCAGGGUGAAAUGGAAUUAUGAUGUUAUUUCAAUGAAUAAAACUGUUUCAGUC